UCCCUUGCCAAGGAUGUGUGGGGCAGGAGGGGCAGCCCCUGGGGGAAUUUGUUGUUGAUUAUUUUUGCCCUGUCCUAAACUUGUGGUGGCUUGGGCUGGGCGCUGAGCGUGGAUGGAUGCUCUACGUCUCUGGUCCCCAUGCUGCCAGGAUGUGGCUGUGCCUGGGGGCAAUGCUGGCUGUGGCUGGUGCCAGGAAUCGGUUGCCGGUGUUUAAUGAAGGGUUAAACCACCGUGUGGGUUUGCCAGCGUGGGAUGUGUGAAAUGGUGGCCGAGAGCCAGUGAUGGGCCUAGGUAAUGGCAGCUGAUAGCACAGGCGUUCAAUUAAUUAUCAAAUGGCAUUUGUUGAGCUCAGCUGUGCCGUAGCACGGCGCCAGCAACGGCCCAUCCUCCAGCCGCCCGUUGUGCAACAAAAACACUGCAAAACAUUAAUGUUUCCAUUGAGUUCUGCAGCCUCCUGCACUAGGCGGUACCGGGUCCCUGGAGCAUCCCUUGGGGAGCAGGGGACCUGCUGCUGGCUCUUCUGGCGGCUUUGUUACUCAGGACUGUGCUGGGGACGGCAGGGAAGGGGUGCCCAGUGCAGAGCUCGUCUAGACGCCCAGUCACGCUGCCUUAGCGGGAGGUGAGAUCUGAAACCGUGCUGCUGCAGUGAUGCUGGAGGUCAUAAGGACACUUUGAAACUGCAGCAAGCAUGGCUUGGGCUGUGGGGGUAUGAGUCAGUGGGGAAUGGGUUCAAGGUAAAUUGAAAUUGGCUCUGCUUGAGCUGAAAUCGGAGCCUCUCCGCCAGGCUCUGUGCUUAUUGACCUUAUGAAAUGGAUCUGGGGUGGCCCCACCACCCCCUCCCUGUCCCUGGCCAUACAAUGGCCAUGGGGAUCUCUUGCAGGCACAGAGAGGAGAACCUUGCUCAGGUCAGGAUGGAGGGAGACUUCUUCCACCUCCUGAAUCAUGGCAUCAAAACUGAACCCAGUUUGGUGGUGCUUUGUGGGCUCCCAGCUCUCCACAAGCUGCAAUGAGUUGCUCAGAUCUGGGCUGUAGAGAUCAUUUGUUCAUCAAGAUAAUGGAUGGGUUGGGGGUUUGGAUGCAGAGAGCUGUGUGUGGGGCUGGAUCCUGCCCUGGUGCCCCCAGGGUGGUUCCAGGGGAAGUGGCAGCAAAAGGGCCAUGCAGGACCCAUGGUGGCAAGGGAUGCUGCAUGGCCUCCCUUAUCCCUGCCCGCCCUAACGAGCGGACAGCUCAUUAAGCAGCGCCUCUGGCUGGAAAUGGCACUGAUCUGAGGUUUUGCUGGAGUGCGCCUGACCCAGGUGACCCCAUCUCAAACCGGGUUUAAUUAAACUGUCAGCGCCGGACGGAAGAACAAAGCGCGGCAGGCUGGGGGUGCGUCUCCCGCAAAGUGGCGACCUGAUAAAACAUGCAUCUUUGCUUCCAAUGGGGAAAAUCACCCAGGCAAGAAGGUGACCUCUGCAGCUGGGUGCUCUGAUAGAGGAAGGGGCAUUGCAGUGAGCUAUGGGGCAGUUCCUCGCUGCCACUCCUGUGUCUGGCCCCAACACAGCCCAAAUUGCCCCUUUGAAGGCAGGCAGGGAAAAAAUCAGGCGAUGAUAAAUAACUUGAGAAAAUGCAAAUUGCCUCCUUCAGAAGGAGACCGCGACUGUGCAGGAGGAAGCUGUGAGCUGCAUAGUAGCAAAACAGGGUGACAAGUGAAAAAGGAGCUGUCGGAGGAAGGGAUAACAAAGCGGGCCCCGCUCGGAUGGGGCUGGCUGUGCGUGGGAGGCGUUGCUUGCGAGACUGCACCAGUGACCGCUUCUCAGAAACCCUGGGUGGGAGAGAUGGAGAAACAUUGGGGUGAGGUGGUGUGCCCCGAUGUCGUUGUCCGGGUGCAGGGGACGCUGUGCAGUAUGGCCGCUCCGGGUGCUGGAUCCCCCUGUGCUCUCCGACAAAGACCCUUCUGUCGGGGACAGAGCAGGGCUGGGGGGGGUUGGGCUGGGAUACGUCCCCCCGAAUACCAAUCAGGAGGGGAAUGGCUGAGGGGGCUGUGGGGUCUAUGUGAGGCAGGACUCCCCCCCCCGCCAGCUGGGGAGGGGGAAAAGAGGCCCCGCCGCAGCCCCCAGGAACAAAGAGUCAGUGUGGCUCGUGACAGCUCUAAGGAAACGCGGGGAAACAAAUGUGCCACUAAUAGGUGGGGAGGUGACCUCGCAGGGAUGCUGCCAGGCAGGCGGCGAGGGGCUGCUGUGGUGCCCCGGCGCUUCCCACCCUCAUGCUGGCACCGUGCUCACCCCUCAGUUCUACCACACUGCCUCUCAGCACUGGUACACAGCUCGGAUUUAACUUUCCCAAUGCUAUUAAGGCAAAGGAGAUGAAGCAAGAGGGCCCCUCUGUGUGUUGUCCCAUGCAGGGCAGCCCUGCUCACCUCCCUGCCCCAGCAAAUGGGAAUCUACCUCCAAGGAAAAUGAGCGGACAGCAAAGACCUGUCUUCCCAGUGCUGGGUGCAUGGGAGCACUGCAUGUUGCAGCCCUCGCUGCCUGCACUGUUCCCCAUGUCACCUUUGUUCCUCUGAAAGAGUUAAAAAGUGCUCUCAGGAGCGGAUCCCUUUGUCUGUGAGUUUUGGUGGCAGAAGAAAGGCAUUUCCUCCCUCCUGCUUUAAUGGCUCUGUUCAUAGGAAGGCUCAAAGCAAUUUUAAAGCAUUGUGAGCAGAAUUUUCCUUUGGUAGUUUGAUUUCCAGGACAUGAGAGAAAGGAGCAUUGUGUGGUGCUUUUAAUGGAGAUGGUAACUCAGUGCCCCGGCACGCAUAUCCCGCAGAUGUGGUUGGUGAUGUGUCGUGUAUGGGGGUGGGUUUGGGGAGGUGUAGGCUGGUUCUUUGGCUGUGCUAAAUGAAUGAUCAUCCCAGGCUUAUCCUCACUUAACCAGCCAGAUAUCGACCGCCGUAGUCCCCCAUAAGAGCUGUGGAUUACAGGGUCAUACCCACCCCCUCCCGCAGGUUUUUGCACCUCCCUGAGGCGCCGGUCCCCGUUUGUGUGUGUAUUUCGCUUCGGGACAGGAAAAGCUGGAUAAAUUUUUACUGCUCCCGAGGGAGCCGUUUGUAACCAAAGAUGUCUCGCUCUCUUGUCCAUAAACCAGGAAAUGGCGGUAGGGGCAUGCAAUGUGUUCCUCACCUCCCCCCACCCUCGCUCUGGUGGGAGAAGGAGUUUGGGGCAGAUCUGUUCAGAGGGGAGUUGUUCAGAUCCCAGGGCUGGAGGCGAGAGGUUUUCUUCAGGUGAGAGGAGCUCGGCCGUCCUUUGAGUGUUUGAGUAGUGAUGGUUCCAACAGCCCCCCAAAAACCACUCUCAGCCCCCAGACCCAUCCAGUGCCACUUUGGAACCUGCAUCCCUGUGCACAGCAAUGGGGGCUGUGGCACUCAAAGGGGCUUUUGUCCAGCCCUCAGCCCGACAGGUGGGUGGGCAUCUCCCCCCCCCCCAAGCCAAGUCCUGGGCUUGGGAUGCUUUUUCCCAGGGGCCAGCAUUAUUGUGGGUCGCCUGGGCAACAGGGUCCUGGGGGUGCGGGAUGGGGACUGAUCCCAUUGUGGCACCCACUUGGGGUGUCUUUUAGGGGGCUCAAAGUCCAGAUUUGCCACAGGCUGCCACGUACAUCCAUGUGUUUUGCUGGAUAUGUGCUGGUCUGUGGCAGUGGCUUUUGCAUACAGGAUGAAAAGGGAAAAGCCAAUAUUCCCAAUGCUCGGUGGCAUUUCCAUCACUUGCUCUCAGACCGGAGGCAUUUCCUCAUCCUGCUCCGCCUCGCUUGCUCUCUUCCCCAUGGGCACAGCAGCGUGUUGCUCAUUCCUGCAUCCCGCAAUUUCACAGCAUCCCCGCAGCCGGGUGUUAAUGAGAUUAGACCCGAGCUUUAAGAUGUCUCUCUCUAUCCUUUGCCAUCCAAUUACACAGCCUGCAUGCUAUCUGAUUGCCUGCGAGAGGGGAGGACUGGCUGGGACGGGAGGAUGCAGCUGGUCUUUCUGGGUAUCCGAGUGGGUUUCUUUCUCUUUUUUUUUUUUCCUUUCAUUUUUUUUCUCAUUCUCCCCCCUUGGCUUUGAGUUGCUCCAUUCGGCUUUUUCAUCGCCGCUCAAGGUGGCGGCUGGGCAGAAUUUGUUUAAAUUAACUGCUUCAAUGGUAGCGUUUGUGUGCGUUGGGCUGGGGGGAGCUCAGACAGCACCAGAAUGGAUGAGGGGGAUUAAAGGUGCCUAAUGGCUUCCAGAUGGGCAUCCUGGACUGGGAAACAGCCUCACAAUCCAACCCCAGCUGGGGGGUUAACCAGAGAGAAAGCAAAGCUUGGCUUCUCCAGGAAGCUCCCAGUCCUGGGGAGAAAGGGUCUGGCAGGGCAGGCAGUUCCCUAUCCCAACAGGACCCCAUAGGGACACACAGAGCCCACUCCUUGCCUGGAGAGCAGCAGGUCCUACAUUGGGGUGAGUGCAGCACUGCCAGUCCCAGCGGCAACAGCGACACGGACGGCAAUCAGGGAGGAAUUAAAGGAUAAUUAAUGCCAAUCCACAUGGAAAAUUGCUCUCGUCAAACAAACCAGAUCUCUCUCUUUUUUUUUUUUUUUUUCUUUUUUUUUGACGAGCUGACAAAUUGGGUUGAUAAGUAGCGCCAGCGCUGACAUGAUAUACCGAGACUUCUGCAAGUCAUUUUCCUCUUGCCUGAAGGAUAUGGCAGUGAAAACAUUAAUAUUCUGCAAAAUCAGCAUAGCAGCUCUGACAGAGUGAUUCACCGGUGGCCUCACAGGGAAAUCACGGCCAGGCUCUGCUCCUCCCCCAUUGGGUUCCCCAUCCCUUGGUGACAACAUUGGGUUUGGUCAACCCUUUGGCUGCCCCUCGCUCUUCCAGUGUAUGCCUCUUCAACAAAGGCACCUAUUCUCCCCUCCCACCCUGGGGAAUUACACACCAAGCUGCCCUUCGACAUGGCAAAAAGAAAGGCCUGGAGAGGAAGCGGUGUGUGGCUCUUUGUGUCCCUUUUGUGAUGCUGCCUCACAGCGUGACCACCCAGCAGCACCAAGGUAGGGCCUGAGGUACAGCCCCUGCGGGGACCUGGGGGUACUCCUGCCCAAGGUAACAAUCUCUGUGGUCUGCACAGGGGAAUGGGCAGGAAAGGGCUGUAUUCCAACAGCCCUCUCAAGGCUGAGCACUGAAGGGGGGGGUCCUCCUGCUCUGAUAGCUUUAAGCAUGCUAAUAGGGAACAGCUCUGUCUACAGCCCGUGUUCAGCCCUCAUGGAUGUUUGCUCAGAGAUGCAGUGUUAAAUAUUUAUCCUUCCCUCCUCCCCCCUCCCCCCAAAGCACACAUUAACAAUAGCAAUCACCCCAGCCUCAUCCCCCUUGCCAGGAGCAUGUGGCUCCCAGACCAGGGCAGUGAGCAUUAUCGUUUGUACCUGUGAAUUAUUGAUAAGGGAUAGGAUAGUUCUUGCAGUGAAAAAAUAAUGAGGGGCACAGGCUGUUGGCAGUGCUGCUGCACAUCCCUUUCCUACCUCAAAGCAGGCGGUGGGACCACUUCCCCAGCUGUGUACAGCAUCUUCAUGCCCGUCAGUCCCUGGAUCUCAGGUAUGAGGCUGGGAUAAGGGGGUUCUGCACCAGCUCAGGGCUGAGCAGAGGGCUCGGUGCCCAGCUGCAGAGGGAGGUUUGUCUCCAGUUGCUGCCCUGUGCAAGGCUCUGGGAUGCUGCACAGAGGCUGCAGAUGGCUGGAGGGAUCUUGUCGUGGCAGAUUUUCUAUCAGGGUGUCUUUUUAAGCCGGCCCAAAGCCCAUCUUUGAUGCACUUAGAUGCUGAAUCCCAGGGGUUUAGCAAGAGGGCAUUAUCAUGCUCAGCCUGGCCUGGUUUGAGAUUGCAUCCCCUAUCCCAGCCUGGCUCUGAGCUAUGCUUCUGUGGGGAAUACCCAGCUUUUGCAGUAGGAGCUGUCCUGCUCCCUGCCUCCACAUGCAGAAAAGGCAGCCCAGGCUGCUGGAUAUUAACUUUGAAGUGUGAAUUUCAAACACCCUGUGAGUUUGCAGACCUGGUGCUGUUCCCCUCCUUUGCUCCCAGCUGUUUCUGUUACAAACCUCCUGAUCUCUGUAUUGCUUUCAGGGGAAGAGCCCUGCACUGGCACAGCUAUGAGCCAGGCUGGGCUACAUUGCCCAGCAGCAUCCCAUGGCCCUUGGAUCCAUCCCAACGCUCCCACGUGCAUGGGCUGCAUGUGAGGAUGAGCCCGAAGCCAUCUGCUUUUUAGCCAGAGGGGGUGUAGGGGGGAUGGCUCACCCCAUGUUAGGUUGCCAGUGGGAUGUUCACACUGCAUGCCACCGAAAGGGCUGCAGCCUUUGUGCUUCACCAACCCCAAACCCCACUGAGAAGCAGUGCCAGAAGAAUGGGCCCUUCUCCCAAUUUACAUCAAGCGAUGUCCCAGAUUUCUUCCCAGCCGCGAAGACGCAUUGUUCCCUGGCAGCGUUUCAGUGGCGGAGCCGGCUAAUUUGCAGCAUUUUACAUAUCUAAUAUGUUGUCAGAAAUGCUUUUAAAUCCCUAUAAUAUUUAAUUAGGAGGCAGCUUUUGGCGUAUUAAGUGGGAACGGGGCUGUCUAAUUACUUACUGGUGAUUUCAUACCCAUGAAUGUAAUUAAGUUGGGUAGAAUCAUCCAAGAGACGCAGGAGCAGGCAGAGCCCCUGGCAGACCGGGCUGUAUUUUUAGCCCACAUGUGUUGGAAUUUGAGUGGUUUUAGGGGAAGAGACAAAGGGGUGCAGAGCAGCACCGUGCCACCACGGUGGGGGGAGUUUGCAUUGCCCCUUCCCAGAGGUGGGAGCAGGGCUGGGAGCUGCCACCGCAGGAGUGCUGCUCCGGCAGGGGUGAGCCCCGGCAUUGCAGCUCCUCGCUUAGCCGGGUGGCUCAGCCUGGCUGGUUUCGGGCUGCCUGGUUCAGCUUCAUUCACACCUCGGAGGAAUCCAGGAGGGCUGGCAGGGCUGGCUUCACACUUAUUAGCAAUUAAAAGCCUGAGAGGCUGGGAGUCAAUUAGCUCUGAGCUCAGCAAACCCCGGGACAAGGCUGCUAACGAGAGGCCCAGCCAGCUCCCCACAGGGCUCGGCAGAAGAGCUGUUUGCUUUUUCAUUUACGCCUUGGAGGAGCGUUGCAAGGCUGCGUGCUGCAGGGUGCAAUGCUACCCUGUGCCCAGCACGGCUCCCGGCAUGGCAGAAUGCCCGCACCCAGCACAGCCCAGCACGGCACGGUGUAUGGGGCUGCGAUGGGCACCCUGGAGCCACGUAGGCUGUGCGUCGGGCCGCAUGCCCACUCCCCUUCCAUGGGUAAGGAGCUGCUGGAACAAAGGGACGGCAUGGGGAGGGGGCGGUGACAGCCAAACAGGGCGUGCGGCUUGUUAUUUUGCUUGUGUUGCUAUUAGAGCUGCUGCUUUUAACUUGUUUCCCCCUCUGAAGAGGCUCCAGGGUGGGUGGCAGAUGUUUUGUUCCCCUCGCUCUCCCGCCCACCCUCUCCUCUAUUCGUCAGCCAGCUCCUCUGUUAGCACAACACCCGCCCUCCUGCGGAGCUGAGGCCCUGUGCCUCUGUAUGUGCAGCUCAGCCCACGCAGGAGCCGCUCAGCAAAACCUGGACUGCACAAACAGUGUGGACAUUGCGCAUCCCCAUGUCCUCCUGUGCCCACGUUGAGUCCUGGCGCCCCUGGUGCACCACCACUUGCCACAGUUGCUGUUGGCACUGGGAGGCUGCAUGUCGUUGCUGGCCAUCCACCUGUCCCCUUGGCAGGACAAUUGCACAGCUUGGAGCUGCCCAGGUUGCAUGUUGGGGUGCAGCGAUGGGCACAUAGCGCUGUGCAUCCCACCCCCACUGUGUGGCCAGGCUCAUGGAGCAGCACACAGCCUCAUUGGCUGCGGGCAGGUCAUGGUCUCCCCAGUACGCUGCGGGCUGCGGCACCAGGAGCCAGGAGGAUAAUGAGAUCUUAAUAGUCCAAUUAUAGCCCAUCGAUUUACUCAGUACAUAAUUGUCAGUGGCUGGGGCCACCUGACGAAGCUCCCGCUCCGGCUGCCAAUGGGAGGAUGGAUGGAUGCUCCCUGUACCAGCCAGCUGCUUGCCCUUCAACCUCCAUAGGAGCAGCCCCAUGAGGGGCAGAAAGAGGUUAGAGUUGUGGCUGGGGAAGGGGUGCCAGCAUCAGGGUCACCCUGGGUUCACAUCCCUCAUGAGUGAGGUGGGGUUGGGGUGUGCUGCAGGUCCUUCUGCAGCAGGCUGAUGGGAGGAGGGAUUCUGGUUGGUGACAGUCCCUGCCAGCUGAGUGGUGGCCGUGCCCAGGUGAUGCUUCCAGAAGCCACAUAAUCUCUUUCCUCUGUUAUUAGCACCAAUGCUUUGAGCUCCACUGUCCCACACACAGCGGGUGGUGGAUGGCAGCUGGCAGUGCGUAGACCCCUGCUGACCUCAGGGGUGGCACUUGGAGGCAGAGAUGGUGUUGCCCCAUCCCUUUGGUCCUGCUGGCAGCUGGACUGGCGGGGCCCAUUAAAAAUCCAGCAGCCUGACAUCAUGCUGGCACUGCAGGGUGCUGGCGCUGGGUGCAGCCACUUCUCACCUGCGCCUGCAGGGCUGUGUCAGGGAACCCCAGUGGGACAUGGCUGUCAGCAGCUGAUGUGAGUGCUGAUGGGUCUAUUGAUCUCCUGUGAUGCAGCAGGCUCGUUCUGUCCCCUUUGCAAUUGCUCCUGUCAUCUGUCAGGCGGUGGAGGUGGUGUGAGCUGUGCUAGUGGGGCAGCCCCUGCUGUCUGACCCUGUGCCCUGGGACAAAUGGCACACAUGGGGACAGCAGGAUGCAUCACAGCACCGUGCUUGUGUGGCUGAUGGUCCGUCCCAGGUGUCCUGGGGAGCUCAUAGGCUUCUCUGACAGGACCUCAUCCAGUGCAGCACCCAUAGUCUGGCGUGUGGGAGCAUCUCUCCUGGUCCAAAAAGCCUGUGUAGGAUAUGGGGGCCCCUCCAGUGCUCACCUCACUCACCCCAGCCAAGCUGAGGAGCCAUGGCCCCGGGGAUCUAUGGCACGGAGAUCUACGGUACAGGCGUCUAUGGCAUGAGGAUCUAUGGCACGGGGAGCCCCAAACUGGAGGCUGCCAAUCCCCACAGCACUCUUGGCAGGCGGUGGGGGGCUCAGGGGCCACGGGGCCGACACCACUAGGAAGCGAUUACCUCCCUGCUGCGUCCGGCCCUAAUCCCCUGGCGGCGCGCAGGGAGCCAGCUCUCCAAACAAGGCUCAAUCAGGUUAAAGUGUGAAGUCAGGAUUAGGAGGGAGAAUGGGAGCGUGGUAAUAGCCUCGGCCUCCCCGCCACCGGCCCUCUGGGCUCUGGCGGUGGAGAUUAAUGCAGCCAGGGUUUGUUUGCCUGAGUGGGCUCCCCACUGGGAAGUGAUGUCGAACAGUUUUGCU